AUUCCUCCUCUAAAGUCCCGUAUGAGGACCAGCGGAGACACUUCUAGAGCCACCCAGGUCACUGCAGUUUCUCUUUGACAUAAGACGCACUUUCCCCCGGCCGCUCUUCGUGUUAGGGAGUCCAGCGAGUCACGGAGACAUCCUGUUUUUCUAGCUCACACAUCGCCAUUACAACCGGCAGACGGUAAAAAUGGAUGCAGGAAAUUCUGAACAAAAGGCGAUCACUCUCAUCAUAAAGACGCCCAACCAGGCUCAGGAGGACCGGACCAUCGAGGGAGUGAGCCUGCAGUGGACCAUAAAGGAGCUGAAAGCGCACCUGUCCGCUGUCUACCCGACCAAACCGGCUGUGAGUGACCAGAGGCUCAUCUACGCUGGCAAACUGCUGCCUGAUAACCUGCACAUUAAUGGACUCUUCAUACAGACGGACUCAAUUCCCACACUGCACCUGGUGUGUGCUGUUAGGAAUCCUGCCCAGGGACCUCUGGGAGCCAGACCCAAGACCAAAGAGCCACAUUCCUCCAGUCCACAGCCCACACCAGCCCAGACUCCCAGCCCACCAGAGCUGCGGCAGAGGAGGCCGGCCUCCGCAGCUCCAGCACACACACAGACUCCUGUGUGGCCUCCUGCUGCCAUGACUGGAGCUCCUCAGAUGACCCAGCCAACCUUUCCCACCUACUCCCUGUACAGCCCCCAGCAGCUGCUGUGGCUCCAGCAUGUCUACGCUCGACAGUAUUAUAUGCAAUACCAUGCAGCUUUAGCAGCAGCAGGCAGCAUUCCCACAACAGCUCCAACCAUUGGCCAGUACCCUCCUGUUCCCGCCCACCAAGUACCCGUCCCUGCCCCGCUAGCUGAUCAGAACCCCAUCAACAACCUGCCAGCCAAUCAGAAUCCAGUGCAGGAUGGCGCUUUCAUCAACCCCGGGGAGGCCAACCAGAACAUGCGGAUGAAUGCGCAGGGCGGAGCCGUUGUGGAGGACGAGGAGGGCAUGGAGCGCGAUUGGCUGGACUGGUUGUACUCUGCUGCAAGAUUCGGGGUCCUGAUGAUGAUCGUGUACUUCAACUCCAACCUGAGCCGCUUCCUGCUGGUGAUGGGCACCCUGCUCCUCAUGUACCUACACACCGUCGGCUGGUUUCCCUUCAGAAGGAGAGUGCAGGUCCCAGAACCCAACCAGCUGCAGCCCCCCGAGAACCAGCAGAACCAGAACAGGAACCCAAACCUGAAUCCAGCAGGUGAGCACGCCGACAGACAGCAGGAUGAACCAGCAGCUGAAGGAUCAGAGGGAACGAUGACAGCGGUGUUGGUGCCUCCUCACCGAGUGUCCGUCAUGUGGACGGCCUGGGUUUUCUUCAAAACCUUCUUCUCCUCCCUCGUACCCGAGGCCGCUCAGGCUGUGGCCUAACUGAACAUCUGGGACGGAGGACUGAUUGCAGACAGUUCCCGCUCUUCUGUCAUCUCUGCAGAUGUUUCUUGAAGCGUGGGUGGAAGGCGUUUACCGAAUAAUAAAUGGAUGCAGACAGAGCGCUGCACUUCAGUGCUCAGAGUUCCUGUGACUUUGAUCUUUCAAGUGAGCGGGAAGCAAACCACACCAGCAAGAAUCCCAAGAACUGCCAAAAAAUGUGGACAGAAUCAAAGAUGCAAGACCUGAAAAUAUAUUAAUAAAUCCUCCAACAGGAUCCCAGCCGACCUGACCACAUACAUCCACUGCCUGCCACCAGCCCCCCACCCUGAUCGUUCCCUCCUUUUGUCCACAAAGUGGCAGCGGGUGCCGAUAAUCCUCCUGAAAGCUGAAACUGUUGUGCCUAAAACGCUCUUCAUGUAACGACGUUUACAUCCACAUGCCUUCUGAUUUAAAAUCAUGUGCCACGCCGUGGUCGCUGCGUGGCCCGGCUCCGUGAAUCAGUAUUCGGCUCAUCCGAGGACGCGUGGGUGCACGGGUGUCUGUAACACUCAAUCGGACUGAAACGUUCGCCUCUUCCAAAAGCGGCUAAACUUAUCUUCGCAUUGAAUUUUUAAAAUCAGGGUCCUCAAAAUUAUAUGUAUAUAUAAGGAUUUCUGUUAUUCAUAUAUUUAGGGACCUUUAUUUGCUUCCUUACACUUUUUAUAGUUAAUCAGAAACAAGCUGAAGGUUUGUCCAAACAUCCACAUUAACACAAGUGAAAACGACACUUUACUCAUGUUAUUUUCCCUUUCAGUGAGUGGCAAUUGUGACCAAAUACAAUUUGAAAUCAAUCUGUAAAACAGUGAUGGCGGUGCAGCUUAAAAUACGUUUUGUAAUUGUAUUGUAUGUACACGAAGCACUUUAUAACAUGUAUCUUAUGCAAAGAGAGGUUGUGAUUUCUAUUAAUGCCGAGUUGCUUUUACUGUCAGAGACUGGACAAAGUUUCGUUUUAAAGUGUGACUUGAUGUGAAACUGAAAUUCAGUUCAUCAGCUGUGCUUGUUUUGGGUUUUUUCUUUGGUCCUCAGAAGAGAAUAAACAGAUGUUAAUAUCAUAACAAUGCCUCUGAAAAGAAGCAGCUUUUAGCAGAGGUUAAAGGUCACAGCCCUUCCUGUAAUCCAGUCUAGUUUGCUUAGCGCUUAAGCCCCGGGUGUUAGCACUCCGGUUCCCUGUGAGGGGACGACGGUCGCUCGUGGGUCACAGUCUGCGAUUGGAAAUUUCUUUUUUAAUCGUCUUUCCAUUACAAAUGGAUGAAUGCUGUACAGUGAAGUGUGUUUUCCAAUAAUGGAUGCAAUAAAUAUUCUUAACUUUAA